AUCAUGCUCAUAAAAGGCUGAAUAUAUGGCUCCAAAUUUGCUAUAAGUCCACGUUUGUAAGAUAGCGGAAACUAUUCACCACACGAUUUUUUUUUUUUGAUACAGCAUUGCAACAAUGCUUCCGCGAAACAUAUCCUCUCACCUUUAAAAGCACGAAACGUAGUUGCAAUAUAAUAUUUUACCGGCUUAAUUCUCCUCACCUCUGGUAGCGAAUAUGAGCCCAUGAUCAAUGGGUUCUGACAGUGGGCCUGUAGUAGAAUGAACCAGGAAUGGUUACGUACGUCAACCUGAUCAAAGAUGGGAUCCCGCCUAAGCACCCAGCCAGAAUUACCGGAAGUAGAUCUGAGAGGUAGAGUUGCCAUCGUUACUGGGGCAAAUGCAGGUAUCGGUUACGAGACGGCCAAGUCCCUGGCGCAGAUGGGAGCUAAGGUCAUAAUGGCGUGUAGGUCAGAGAUGAAAGCUCUUGAGGCAAUCGAUCGGAUGAAAGAAGAACAUACCGAUGAAUGGGAGCUGAACAAAAGGUCGAGAGUGAAAAUACAGGUGGAUGAACUUGACCUUGAUUACAUGAACCUUGACCUCGGGUCACUUGCAAGUACGACGAACUUUGCGGAGUCUUUCAAAGCCAGAGGAAUUCACCUGCAUAUCCUCGUGUGUAACGCCGGAAUGGCAUUUGGACCGGACGAACCAAGUGUUGACGGAAUAGAGAUUCACUUCCAGGUCAAUUACCUAUCCCACUUCCUGUUGACCUUGCAUUUACUUCCGGUGCUAAAGAGCUCCGGUCCAAACACAAGGAUCGUUCUCGUCUCUUCAUUGGCGUAUAGUUUUGCAAGGUGGAAUGAAGACGAUAUGCAGUGUUUGAAUACUGCAAACAAAACCACAGUUUAUUCUAACACAAAGCUUUACCAGAUCAUGCAAAUGUUUUCUCUUGAAAGACGCUUGGAAGGAUCAGGCAUCAGUGUGUUUUCGCUGCACCCAGGGGUUGUGGAGACUGAGCUUGUGAAGCGUGAAGGACAGCGAAUUCCUUUAAUGCCUCGGAUGUUUGCGAGACUUGGAAUGUCGACACAUAUGCUGCGCAAUCCAUUCAAAGGCGCACUUACUACACUCCAUGCUGCUGUAAAUCCGGCCUACGAUGGGAAGAGCGCCCUCUAUUUUGAAAGCUCGAAACCACAUUGGCUGAUGUCACAACCGCGCGACCGUUGGAAGCAAGAACAUCUUUGGAAAUAUUCCCUUGAAUGUUUGAGAAACUACACGACAGAGGAUAUGUUGGAUGUUUUUACGUCAUGAGAUGGACGACCUUCAAACUCUCAGAGAUCAUGAUCAAUGACAUGCCAUAUAUCUUGGACGUGUUUACGUCAUGUGAUGGACCUAGGCGCCAGACCUCUUGACGUCACAAUCAUCUUCCAACCAGGGAGACACAGUCACCGUAAAGUGAUGCAUAUGAUAAAGGUUUCCAUACGUCAUAUUAUGGAAUCCUUUUAAACCUCUGAGAGAUCAUGGUGUUCAUGGCGCAUAUUUUGAACAUUUUUACGUCACAAGGUCAUUCAAACCUCUUGAAGAUCAUUAUCUACACUUUUAUGGGGCAUUAUGUUUGAUGUUUUUGCUCCACAAUAUGGACUAUCUUCCAACCACGUAGACACAUUCACAAAGUCAGCAAGUGAGGCAUACGCUGAAAGUUUUCAUAUAUGUCAUAUUAUGGAACCCUUUCAAACCUCUGAGAGAUCAUCAUCUUCAUGGUGCAUGUUUUUAACGCCAUAGGUUCAUUCAACCCUCUUAAAGAUCAUCAUCUACAUACAUGGCGUAUUAUGUUUUUACGUCAUGGAAUGGACCUCCUUUAAACCUCUUUCACAUCAUCGCCUGCGUGAAGCAUAUAUUGGAAGUUUUUACGUCAUAGCAUGGACGUUCUUCAAACCUCAGACAGAUCAUCAUCUUCAUGACGCAUAUUCUGGACGUUUUACGUCAUAUAGUUCAUUCUAACCUUUUAAAAAUCAACAGCUACAUGGCAUAUUAUGAUGGUUAUUUUUACGUCAUUGCAUGGACCUCCUUGGAAACUUCUUAGUCAUCAUCACCUACGUGAAGCAUAUGUUGGAAGUUUUUACGUCAUAGCAUGGACGUUCUUCAAACCUUUAAGAGAUCAUCAUCUUCAUGACCUAUAUUCUGGUCGUUUUUACGUCAUGAGUCCAUUCGAACCUUUUAAAAAUCAACAGCUACAUGGCGCAUGGCGAUGUGUUGGCUCAGUUGGUAGAGCAUCCGUCUCACAACCGGGAGGUCGGGGGUUCAAACCUCGGCCGCGUCAGA